CGCAAAUGGCAACGUGAUUCCGAUGGCGAUCUGCUCUGAAGAAGCUAACGCUCGUCUAGAGCCGCCUUUUGUGAACUUGUCAGAACCUGCAACGAUUGCUCAUUCACAGAAACAUAAUGCCGGAUCAGAUGAGCGCCGAAGGUAGCAAGCCACGGUUCAGUCCAAGGGCGCAGAUUCUCCAGCAAUUCCCUCGCGUCGUGUCCGCAAACCCGCGUCUCCCCGGGAUGCCUUGUUUUCUGUACCUCGCAGACAGCGCGGAGGGUGCCGAAAUGGUCGUCAUUGACUACCUGAAGAAUAUCAAGCCAGCCAUCAAAGUCAUCUCUGCUUGUAUGGAGCGCCCUCUUCCCUACAACGCGUCUGAGCGUUGCUUCCGCAUAUGCCCCAUCGAGGGAAAGGGCCUUGGAAUGAUAGCUACAAGGGACAUCCGUGCCGGCGAGCUCAUCUUCGCGGAGAGGCCGACGUAUGUUUCAAACAGUGACCUCUACACUCGAAGCUACGACUCCCCCUAUGCGGAUGCGACAUACUACAGCGAUGCUCUUGCCGGGCUCUCCGAGCAUUCGCGCCAGUCCCUCCUGUCCCUUUACGAUGCAUAUGAUCGAGAGAGGAUGGAGAUCGUGCCUGGAAUCGUGGGGAGCAAUGUCUUCCAGAUCAGCGUGCCUACUGAAGAGGAUUACGACGACACUUAUUCGGGUGUUUUCCUCACCCUUUCGCGCUCUAACCACGACUGCACACCAAAUACGAAUUACCACUUCUCCCGCUCGGCGUUCUGCGGCCAGUUUUUCGCUGCGGUGGAUAUCGCGGCCGGCGAUGAGAUUUCGGUGAUCUAUACCGACGAACUGACGACUUGCGAUAAGCGUCGGGCUCACCUGCGAAACCAAUACGGCUUCACUUGCGUUUGCCGAGUGUGUUCUCUGCCCGAGCACCCAUUGUAUCACAGCGACGCAAGGCGCGUCAGCAUCCACACGUUCCUCAAAGCUUGCAAGAGGUCCCGUGGCGACCCUCCUAACAUCACCCUUGACAAACUGCAGCUCUUGUUGAUGUUCACCCGGGCAGAGCGAUUGCCGAUACGCUACGCGCAAGUGCUGUACAUGAGCGCGGAAAUUCUCCUAGCACAUGGCAAUGCGGAGCUCGCUUUUGAUUGGGUCAAAGAAAGCAGGAGGGCAUUCUGUCUCACCAUAGGGGAGGAUUCAUGGAUGAUUGAGAAGGUUGACGAUCUGGGACGGCAGGUGGAAGAGAAGCUGAGACGCAUGGGGAUUGAGCGCAGUUGGGAAGGUCCGAUCACAGGCGGAUCCUCAUAGAAUUCGCUGCAGUUCCAUGCCUCUGUCGACUGUUUCCAGCUUUCAACAUUCUGUCUUAUCGCAAGAGACGUAAUUUCGUCGUCAACGUCCGAUGCAUGUUACUUCGCUGAAUCGACUGUUUCCAUAUUGUCGUCUCACCCCCAUUGGACAUCGGUCCUCCACGGCUUCGCUGGGGCUCGAUGUGGACUAUUAUACGAUGACGUCCCAAAAUAGCGUGGAUGUGGAACAGUACAAGGUGUAUCGCAC